CCUACGCCCAGAAACACCCAAAGCCCAAGCCCCCAUCCCCACCGCAGAGAGCUUCCGGCGUCGGCGGCGGCGGCCAUGGAGGCGGCCUUGGCGGAGUUCGAGUGCCUAGGGUCGGCCGGUCCCAUAACCGCGGUGGCGAACGAGUUCCUGCGCGAGCAGACCCCGCACAACGAGAACGAGUCGGAAGAGCAGCUCCACCGCCUGUUCAACCCCGCCUCCUACGCCCUCCCCGUCGGCCCGCCCGUCUCCGCUGCCGCCAGACUCUUCGCCCUGCCACCCGACGACGACGUCGACCGUGUCAGCCGCCUCCCCGACGCGCUCCUCCGCGACGUCGUCUCCCGCCUCCCCGUCAAGGACGCCGCGCGCACGGCCGCGCUCUCCCACCGCUGGCGCGGGGUCUGGCGCUCCACGCCGCUCGUCCUCCACGACGCCGACCUCCUCCCCGACACCUCCGCCGUGUCCCUCGUCCUCGACGCGCACCCGGGGCCCUUCCGCUGCGUCCACCUCACCAGCACCCGCUCGCAGGGCUUCCGCGGCCUGCUCGCGCGCUGGCUCCGGCUCCUCGCCGCCAAGGGCGUCCAGGAGCUCGUCCUCAUCAACUGCCGCUGGCCGCUCGACUACGUCCUCCCCGCCAGCCUCCUGGGCCUGACCACCCUCACCCGCCUGUAUCUCGGCAUGUGGAGGUUCCCCGACACGGUCGGCCUCCCGCGCGCCACCUGCUUCCGCAAUCUCCGUGACCUCGGCCUCCACAACGUCCUGGUGGAGAGAAGGGAUCUGGACUUCAUCCUCGACAGGAGCCCCGUGCUGGAGACGCUCUGUGUCCAGGGCAAUGUGCUCAAGCUUCGCAUCCGGCUCGUCAGCCAGAGCCUCCGGUGCGUGAAGAUCAUCGGGUGCUUCAUCGAAGAGAUAUUCGUGUUGGACGCCCCAAAUCUUGAGCGGUUCAUCUAUUUUGAUGCUUGGCACCCUGUUGGCAACUGCACCACCACGGUCAAGAUCGGCCAUGCCCCCAAGCUGCACUUGUUGGGAUACUUGGCUUUGGACCCACGAAAGCAUGUCCUAGAUGUGGGCAACACCAUCAUCAAGGCUGGGAUAGGGAUGAGCCCAAGCACCAUGCUACCAGGUGUGAAAAUCCUGGCUUUGGAGGUGCGUUUCGCAGUCCGCAAUGAUGUCAAGAUGAUCCCCAAUGUCCUCAGAUGCUUUCCGAAUGUCGAGGCACUCCACAUCAUGUCUGGAAAAGAUGAUCAAUCUACUGGCAAGCUCAACCUGAAGUUCUGGCACAAGUCUGGUGUCAUAGAAUGCAUACGGUCGCGCAUAAAGCUGCUGGUUGUCCGGGAUUUCAAAGGGGGGCGAAGCGAGAUGGCCUUCCUCAAAUUCUUCUUUCAGACUGCGUUGGUGCUGGAGGAGGUGGUGAUUCUGUUGCCCGAUGAUCCGACGGAUCAUAUGUAUCGCAAGGUGGUGUCCCUGAGGCACAUCGAACGGGCCAGUGAAGCGUCCUUACUGUGGGCAAGCAAGUCUGUUCCUCGAGGCUUCCUUCAGAGCGUCGAGAGAGCAUCUGAUUUCUCCCUCGACGACCCUUUUGCCAACUACUGUCGCAUUGGGUUGCAUCGCCUCCUAUCAUCAUGAGGAGUAAGUUUGCUCUGGAAGUUGCUAGUGUUCUGCUGAUGCAGUAUGCAAGACACUGUUAGACAUGUCUGAAGAUUCUUGCCUGUGCUAGCCUGAUUAGCUUAAGUGUCAAAGUCAGUACUACCAUUGUUGAUGCACAUGGCUACCGUUCUGUUGGAGCCAUGGAAUUACGGACCACCAUGUUUGCAUUUCAUGCGAUUUCAUCAGCUGACAGCGGUGUUAUAUUGCACGGUUUUGGCUAAAAAUAUGUUUGUUGUGCUACAUUGCACGGUUUUGGUUAAAAAUGUGUGUUAUGACAUUGUCUUAUCCUUGAUCAGAUUUUUUUUCAUUUUUGCGUGGUUGAUCAGAUUGUCUUCAUGCUUUGUUUCUUCUUUUAAACAUGGGUAGGCACGGUGCCGAUUUCGUUCCAGCUCAUGUACAAAGUACAACAUGAAUUACAAAGCCUCAAACGGCACAUUACGAAGCAAUUGCAUAAUUGGUAAGGGUUUGAUCUAUGAGCUGAGCUAACACAUCUAAAAGCAGAUCUAGGAAGAACCCUGAUGAGCACAAUUUUGAGCCACCGCAUUGCUAUCUCUUGUAGUUUCAUUAGCUAGGCUGUGAUCUGAUGACAGCCAUGGUUUUGGCUGAAAAAUAUGGUUUCUUGUGACAAUGGUGUUAAAAUUGCACGGUUUUGGCUAA